UAAUAAUAAUAUUUCAAAACCACUGAUAGUGGUUUUUGGUGAUGUGUUCCCGUCUGCGUCUACUACUUUAUUACACUAAUAGUUAUUACCAUAGGAGAGUAAUAAAUUCACUCAUUCCAGUGAAUUGUGAAACGAACCACGGCGUCGGUGAUCGUCCGAGACGAGUCUUAUACUUCGAUGCCAUUCUGAACCGGCGGCAACUGCAACUUACUACUUACAUGUCGCUUUAGACGUACGUCGCGCGUAUACGCAUAUUAUACAUGACAUUGGCGGUACUCAGCCGUCGCGUUCAACCGUCACCUCCGGACACUGGCCAAGACGAUCUAGAGCUGUUAUGAUAGUGUUGUUCGUGCGCAGGUAGACCAGGAAAGUUUUUUGCUCUCUUUAUCUCUUCGCCAACUCGUUCCGCCGUCAUGUUUCGCAGCAAGUUCCGUCUGCAUACUUGCAAGAUAAUCAUUGCCACGUCGCUGCUGUGGAUCUUCAUUGACAUCAUGGUACUCAUGUACUACACCGAUUGCAUUGGUCCCAACUGCAAGGCGAAGAGCAACUCUGUCGUGAAUUCCGAUGGCGGUGCCAAUGAUCUGUUCGACGCCUCCGCAGCACCACGCAUGGGAUGGGGACCGGUGCAGGACAACAUGCUUGACCGUUUCAAGCAUGGUAGCGACCGCAGCGAUGAUACCACAUACCCUAGUCACUUGUUGAUGCGCUGGAAGCCGAUGCCUCCUGUGCGUGAAAAGCGCGGUAAACAUGGCGAAGGAGGACGUGGCGUCACAAUGAAACCCGAACAAGAAGCACUUAUGAAACAGAAAUUCAAAGAGAACCAGUUUAACAUAAUAGCUAGCGAUAUGAUCUCACUGAAUCGAUCUUUACAAGACAUAAGACAAGGAGAAUGCAAAAGCAAACAAUAUCCUACGUUGAUGCCGACCACUUCAAUAGUAAUUGUGUUCCACAAUGAAGCGUGGUCCACUCUUUUGAGGACUGUGUGGAGUGUCAUUAACCGAUCACCUCGAUCCCUCUUAAAAGAGAUUUUGUUGGUAGACGAUGCUAGUGAAAGAGAUUUUUUGGGGAAAAAAUUGGAAGACUAUGUUGCUACUCUUCCUGUAGAAACUAAAGUGCUGAGAACAGAAAAACGUUCUGGUCUGAUAAGAGCUCGAUUACUUGGGGCUAAACAUGUUACAGGCCAAGUGAUAACAUUUUUGGAUGCCCAUUGUGAAUGUGCUGAUGGUUGGCUUGAACCACUUUUAGCUAGAAUUGUACUAAACCGGAAAACUGUUGUGUGUCCAGUAAUUGAUGUUAUAUCAGAUGACACAUUCGAAUAUGUUACCGCAUCUGAUAUGACAUGGGGUGGAUUCAAUUGGAAGCUGAAUUUUAGGUGGUACAGAGUUCCUCAAAGAGAAAUGACGCGACGAAACCAAGAUCGCACAGCACCAUUAAGAACUCCCACGAUGGCUGGUGGACUAUUUUCUAUUGACAAAGAUUAUUUUUAUGAAUUAGGGUCAUACGAUGAAGGAAUGGAUAUAUGGGGUGGUGAGAAUCUUGAAAUGUCAUUCAGAAUUUGGAUGUGUGGCGGCACAUUGGAAAUAUCGCCGUGCUCACAUGUUGGUCAUGUUUUUCGCAAAUCCACACCUUACACUUUUCCCGGUGGCACAUCACAUAUAGUCAACCACAACAAUGCCCGCCUCGCUGAGGUCUGGAUGGAUGAGUGGAAACAUUUUUACUACGCCAUAAACCCAGGUGCGUCUAAUGUUGAAGUUGGAGAUGUUUCUGAACGUUUGGCUUUAAGAGAAAAGUUAAAAUGCAAGUCUUUCCGUUGGUACUUAGAAAACAUUUACCCUGAAUCUCAAAUGCCACUUGAUUACUAUUAUCUUGGAGAAAUAAAAAAUGUUGACUCCCAACAGUGCCUUGAUACAAUGUCACGAAAAAGUGGUGAAAAAGUUGGCAUGAGUUAUUGUCAUGGUCUUGGUGGCAAUCAAGUUUUUGCAUAUACUAAACGAUCACAAAUUAUGUCUGAUGAUAAUUGUUUAGAUGCUUCCAACAUUGUUGGACCCGUUAGUCUAAUCAGAUGCCAUGGUCUCGAAGGCAAUCAAGCAUGGGUUUAUGAUUCAAAGGAAAUGACAAUAAAACAUAAAACUACAGAUCAAUGUUUAGAACAUUCAAUGUCUGCUGAUCAGUAUGCUGCCAUAUUAAAUGAAUGUGAUGGUUCACGUAGCCAACAAUGGACAAUGAAGAGUAACUUUCACUGGCAAGCUAGCUCAAGAUAACGUAAUCUAAUUUUUUACUCUUUAUUUUAAUCAAGUGUUAAUUGUUUAUAUAUACAUAUAUACAUUUUGGGGAUCAAAAUAUUUACUUAUAAGUUCGUAUGAACAAAAAAAUCUACUUAUAUAAUGAAAUAAAAAAUCUUUUAUACUACCGAACAAAUAAGAAAUAACUUAUAAAAUCCAUGACAGUUUAAAAAUACUUAUAAUAGAAUCAUAAGAAUUUUUACUUGGUGACUAUUUAUCCUUGCCCAAAUCAUUACACUCUUUAAGAAACAGCACUAAUAUUUUUAACACAAUAAAAGGAUUCAGUGAAAACACUUGUGAUAUUUAUAUAUUAUGAUAUAAGUUAUAAUUAUUAGUAUAUUAUAUUUUGUAUAGUAAAAAAAUUAUGAAAUAAUUUCUCUCCCUUAUAAAAAAAAAUAAUUGUGUGGUUUAGAAUUGAAAUACAUAAUAUGUUAUGUAUCUGAUAUUUACAUCCGCUUUUUUUUUUUUAUACAAACAAAUUCAAAUGUUCCAUUCAUUUUUGUAUGAUAACUAGUUUUUCUUCUUUUUAUUCAAUAUAGUCAUUAAUGCUCAAAAUUAUAUCCCAUAUGGAGUUGUGAAUAUAAAAUAUUAAGUUUGGUAGCCUUAAAUGCUAUUAAUAUUGUACGGUAUAUUAUGUUCAUUAUCAUGUGAUAAAAUGGACACUAACAAUACAAAAAAAAAUUGUCAUUAUUCUAUAUAAUUUAUAGUUGAUUCAGUGAUUCAGUGAUUUCCACUUGUUAUAUCCAUGAUUUUUAUUCAAAUGAUUCACCUUUUAAGAGGGUGUGUAUAUACAUAUAUAAAUACCUGCAUAUAGGAUAUGUGAGCUUCAUUGUAAAUUUAAAACUGAUGACUGAUCUAGUUAUUUUAUUACGUGUCUAAUGAAAUAAGGAAAAACUUUUUUUAUUAUGAAAUAUUAAUUUCUCAUUUGUUUUUUAGAUAAUAAUAUAUAUUUCUUUUUAAGCAAUAACAAAAUUCCAUUUUUAGUUAUUAAACAAUGUAUGUGGGUUAGAAGAUCAGUUAUAAAUUAUAAUUUAAUAGUUUGCAUAAAUUCAAUAAUUAUUUUUAUUUUAAUUUUAACAAAAAUCAUGUCUAGGUAAAAGUCUUAUGCGUCACUUUUAUUUUUUUUAAACAUAAAUCUUUUAUCCUAAUUUAUCUAAUAAGCAUUUAUUUUUGUACUAAUUCAAUUUGUGUCAUUGAAUUACCAUAUCAAAUGAUAAAUUUUGAAUAUUUGUAUAACGUUAAUACAACUAUUUGAAAAACAAAAAUAAUUCAACUCUAAAUCACUCGUUCAUUUCAAAUGCACUGUUAAAUUUCUGUUUAAAUAUGUUAAAAAACUAAUCAAAAGUAUAGACAAAGAAAUUAAAACAUUUUUAUUGAAAAAAAUCUACUUAAACUUCUAUUUUAUGAGAAUUUUGGUGAAAGAAAUAACUAUUACUUAGAAGUGAUCGAAAAUUACUUAAUAAUGGAGUAAAAUAAAAUAUUUUUUACGGUAUAUUAUAACCUUGUUUUAAGAUUUUAAUAGAUUUAUUAUGUAUAUUAUGCAAUUAGUUAAUCUUCCAAGUCAUAUUAUGUUUUAUUUUUAUGUUCAAUGUUUUUUUUAUACAUAUAUAUAUAUAUAUAUAUUUGUUUGGCAUCUCUUGGUCAUUGUAAAUGUGUAAGUUAAAUGCAUGUAUGUCUAUUAUCAUUGAUUAUAAAUACUAGUAUAUUUAUUAAUACUAGUAUUUAUAAUCAAUGCUAUUAUGUAUCUUUUUUGAUUGAAUGUUACUUGUUCAAAUCAGUACACAAUAUUGACUAUUGUUAUUAAUACGUUCAAAAGUAUCGUUAUUUAAUUAAUGUGACAAACAUGCCAAGAGAUGUCGACCAAAGCAAUAUGUUUAUUUUUUAAUUAUUAUUAUUAUUUUAUUUUAUUUUUACGUAUUUGUUUACACGAUACAUGACCACAUUCAUAAAAUGUGAUAAUAUUACUUUAUUUUACCAACCAUUAACAUUAUGUGCAAUCAGAUAUUAUACAGACAAAGUCAAAGUAUGUUGUGUAUUAUUAUUUUUUAUAUGCCUUUUUUUUCGUUUAUGAAAUUUUAAUAUUAUUUUUAUGUGUUGUUUAUUAUUUAUAUUAGCUUAUAUUUUGUACACAAGAAAUAAAUCAAAUCGCAUCAUAGCCAUUGGUGCAACUUUA